AUGAUAUUAUUUUUUACCAUAUUUCUUUUAUUUCAUCAAUCUAUUUCUAAUAACACAAAUGUGAAGGAUAAUAAAUUAAUUAUAAUAUUUGACUUGAAAAAAAAUUUACAGAUUUCAAAUUUUUUUAGAAAAACGACAUUAAUAUCAGAUAAUAAAAAUGUUUUAGAAGCAUUUGAUCCAAUAAAGUGUUAUAGUUAUAUUAAUAAAAUGAAUAAAAUUGAAAAAUAUUUUAAUUUGACAGAUUCACCAGAAGCAGAUGUAAAUUGCUAUUUUAAUGAUAUUUGUAUAAAAUAUACAAUUCAAAUUGAUGAAUCUGACACUGCCAUCUGGAAAGGUUGUUUCUCUAAAUUUCAAAAAGAUAUUGGCAAAAUAUAUGGAGAAUAUAUUAUAAAUAGUUGUUUUAUGGCUGAAAGUUAUAAUAAUGAAACAAUUUGUUUUUGUAACGACAAUAAUUUUUGCAACUCUAAUUCAAAAAUAUUUUUUUUUCCAACAUUAUUUAUACCUAUUAUAUUAAAUAUUUUUUUUUACCAAUAA